UGUUGUUCCCACCUGACAGUGACAAUUAAACGUCAAAUUAAUUGUGAAAAAUUUGCGUUUUGAUUAAAAAUAUUGUGGAAAAAUACGCCAUAAAAUGUCGUUUCUACAAAACGCCCUUAUUGGAAACCCUUUUUCCACCCCCGUUGGUAGUAAAAUUGAACAAGCAACCGAUGGAACUCUGGCCUCAGAAAACUGGGCUUUGAACAUGGAAAUAUGUGACAUCAUCAACGAAACGGAAGAAGGCCCCAAAGACGCCAUCAAAGCGAUUAGAAAGAGAUUGAAUCAAAAUGCUGGAAAAAAUUAUACAGUGGUUAUGUACACAUUGACCAUCCUAGAGACCUGUGUUAAAAAUUGCGGUAAAAGAUUUCAUGUUCUGGCGUGCAGUAAGGAUUUUGUACAGGAAUUAGUUAAAUUACUAAGUCCCAGGAACGAUCCGCCUACAGCGGUUCAGGAAAAAGUGUUGAGUUUGAUCCAGUGUUGGGCCUGUGCCUUUCAAGCCGACCAAGACCUGCUUGGUGUCAAUGUAGUGUACAAAGACUUAUUAGCGAAGGGAAUAGAAUUUCCCCCAACGGAUUUGGACAGUUUGGCUCCCAUACACACUCCCCAAAAAAGUGUACAUUCUACAAGUGUCACACCAGCAGGGGACAGAGUUGUCCCAGGUCCAUCUCCAUCGACCAGUCCACUCCAUUCGAUGGGCUCUCCAACAAGCGGGGGUGCUCUGACUCCCGAGCAAAGAGCCAAGCUUCAGUCUGAGCUGGACGUUGUUCAGAGCAACAUGAACGUUUUGGGCGAAAUGUUGAGCGAAAUUAAACCAGGACAGGAGCAACAGGACGAGCUAGAGCUUUUACAGGAACUACAUGCCGUAUGUCAGAGUAUGCAGCACAGACUCGUCGAUCUCAUCUCCCGAAUCACCAACGACACUUUGACAGAAGAAUUGUUAAGGAUAAACGACGAUAUGAAUAAUAAUUUUUUUAGGUACAGUAGAUGGGAAAAAAAUAGGGCUCCACAGUCUGCUUCCGAGAUGGUGGCCAAAGCUAUCCCGGCUCCAAAUUCUGCAUUGGCCAGUAAAAGUCCCACGGGAAAGGCCCCAUUGAAAAGCGAAGACAGUCUUAUCGAUUUUGAAGAUGAUUUACCCGAUGCUGCCAGCAAAUUAGGAUUAGGGGAUGCACCGAAAACUGCAAAAACCAAUGGGAAAUCGAGUGACGAGUUUGACAUGUUCGCCCAGUCGCGCAAUGUGACGUAUGAAUCGUCCAAAACGAGUGGAAGUUCAUACAAGGACAAUAUAAAUCCAAAUCAAAUCUCUGGUGGUUUGAGUACAGUAACUCAAGCAAAACCUUUGACUGACGAAGAUAGAGAGUUAGAUGAAAUGGCCAACUGGUUGGGAGACACGGUAAGUGUUUUUUAUAGUGUGGUAGGUUUGGUUUUAAAUUGUGCACUAACUUUAGGAGAGAAAAAAAACACUUUUUGCUUAAUUUUAUUUGCAUUUACUAUUAAUAUAUGUUGCUAUAUAUGA